AUUCCGGAAACCCGGGCGGACUCGGAGGAGUGCUGUAUGCUCUGCGCCGACUGUAGCGGGCGGCCCCGGCUGUUUGGAGGGAAGGGAUCACGCAUAUAUGCAUAUAUUACCCAUUCACUCUGUGCUGGAUCAAGGGACUGGAUCAUCUUAUGAAGAAAGGCUUGAAACUUUCAGUCUUGUUUGAACAGCUAAGAUUUUAUAUUCUAUAGCACCAAAAAAGGCAGCAAGUGGAUCAGAAGAUAACAACGGAAGUGACACAGAGUGAGAACCGUUUUUGUGCAGAAGGUUCUAGGAAGAACCACUGUUGGAGCAGAGAAAAGAGCUUAGGCUGUUGAAGGAUGUUUGUUCCAAGGACUGUUAAAGUGAAGAGGAACGCUGUUGAUGAUGGGAUUUGCUUAGCUAAGAAAAUUAAGUCCUCUCUGGGUGAAUCCUCAUUUGAAAAGGCUGUAGAGUCCAGCGGUGCCAGGCCAGAUAUAAAAGGCACACCAAGCUCAGAGACUGAUUUAUGCAAACCAGAGGAAAUCCGCUCUGAGCCACAACCUUGUCUUGAUUCUGUUGUGACCCCUACUGUAGCCUCCUUGGAAAAUGCGAACAAUGAGGACUGCUCUCUUGCUGAGGAGCCCAUCAAAUCUUUCAGUAAAACACAGUGCUGGCCACAGCCUGGGGAACCCGUGUGUGUGGUCUGUGGUCGUUAUGGGGAGUACAUCUGUGACAAGACUGACGAAGAUGUCUGUAGCUUGGAGUGUAAAGCCAAACACCUUUUACGGAUCAAAGAGGAGAAUGCGAGACUUGAAGAGGCAGAACCUCCGCCUGCUUUCCAGGAUGGCACUUACACCUAUAAAGAGAAUUCCUUUAUGUUAAGCCUUCAAGAUGAGCAGAUUGAAAACUUAAAGCAGCAAUUGGGCAUAGCUGUCCAAAGUGAAGGAAUCAUUGCGAGACCGAUUAUAGAGUUUGAGCACUGUGGGUUUCCUGACGUUCUGAACAGCAAUUUAAAGAAGGCAGGCUAUGAAGUGCCAACUCCUGUCCAGAUGCAGAUGAUUCCGGUUGGAUUCCAAGGCAGGGAUAUUCUUGCAACUGCUGACACAGGCUCAGGAAAAACAGCAGCUUUCCUGCUUCCUGUUAUAAUUAAAGCUUUGGGAGAGAUGGAAACUCCAUCUGCACUUAUUCUGGCACCAACAAGAGAGUUGGCCAUACAAAUAGAGAAACAAGCUAAAGAGCUCAUGACUGGCCUUCCAAAUAUGAGAACGGUUCUUCUGGUUGGAGGAUUACCAUUGCCACCUCAGCUUCAUCGCCUGAAACAAAAUGUUAAGGUUAUUAUAGCAACACCAGGAAGGCUCCUAGAAAUCCUAAAACAAAGUUCUGUUCUGCUCUGUAAUAUCAGCAUUGUUGUAGUGGAUGAAGCUGAUACCAUGCUAAAGAUGGGUUUCCAGCAGCAGGUGUUGGAUAUUUUGGAGAAUAUCCCCAAAGAUCAUCAGACCAUUUUGGUGUCAGCUACAAUGCCAGUUGGGAUUGAGCAGCUGGGAAAUCAGCUUCUGCAAAAUCCUGUGAAAAUAACUGUUGGAGAGAAGGACCUGCCAUGCCCCGGUGUUCGCCAGAUCAUUUUGUGGGUGGAGGAACCUUCCAAAAAGAAAAAGCUUUUUGAAAUAUUAAAUGAUAAAAAACUCUUCAAGCCUCCAGUACUGGUAUUUGUAGAAUGUAAACUGGGUGCAGACCUUUUGAGUGAUGCUGUUCAUAAAAUCACAGCUUUGCAAACAGUGUCUAUGCAUGCUGAUAAAUCCCAGACGGAAAGAAUGGCCAUAUUGCAGGGAUUAUUUCAAGAAAAAUACGAAGUUGUAGUAAGCACUGGAAUCCUGGGACGUGGCCUGGACCUUAUCAAUGUUAAACUUGUGGUGAAUUUCGACAUGCCCUCGAGUAUGGAUGAAUAUGUACACCAGGUUGGAAGAGCAGGUCGGCUGGGCCACAGUGGAACUGCAAUAACUUUUAUUAAUAACAACAGCAAGAGACUUUUCUGGGAUGUUGCAAAGCGAGUUAAACCGACUGGCACCAUUCUCCCAGCUCAAUUACUAAAUUCACCAUAUCUACAUGACCAAAAGAGAAAAGAACAGCAGAGGAGUAAACAUUCUCAAAAUGGUCUUGUAACAGGUGAUAAUCUUAUGGACAUUAUUAGAAAACAUGACAAAAGCACUUCUCAGAAAUAAUAAACUGCAUUAUAUUUGUA